AUGGGCUCCCAUGAAGGAGAGUCCAGAGACCUGAAGCUCUCUCAGGCAAGCUAUGGGCCUAAAACUGCAGGGUUUCUGAGCGCAGAUAUGACCGCCACAGCAUGGGAGUCCAACCUCACACCAACGAGUGGAAUUGAUCAGGCCUUCCAUGAAUCUGAUACACAGUUCAUGCUCUUGAAAUUACUGACAGCCAUCGUGGCCCUGGUGGGGCUGGCAGGGAACUCCGUGGUGCUCUGGCUCCUGGGCUUCCGCAUGCGCAGGAACGCCUUCUCGGUCUACAUCCUCAACCUGGCGGGGGCUGACUUCCUCUUCCUCGGCUACCCAUUUAUACAUAGUCUACUUUUACUUUUUGACUUUGAUUUGGUCGAUGAAGUAAUUAGCAGAUUUCUCCCGCCUGUGUCAUUCUUUGCCUACAUCUCAGGCCUGGGCUUUCUCAGCGCCAUCAGCACGGAGCGCUGCCUGUCUGUCUUGUGGCCCAUCUGGUACCGCUGCCGCCGCCCCAGACACUUGUCCGCCAUAAUAUGUGCCCUGCUCUGGGCCCUGUCCCUGCUGCUGAGCAUGCUGGAAGGGAACUACUGUGGCUUCUUUAGUUUGGAUGAGCCCAAUGUUGGAUUUCAUGUUUGGUGCCCAAUGUUGGAUUUCAUCUCUGCGGCGUGGCUGAUUUUGUUAUUUGUGCUUCUCUCUGGCUCUAGUUUGGCCCUGGUGACCAGACUGCUGUGUGGCUCCCAUCGGUUGCCGCCCACCAGGCUCUACUUGACCGUCAUGAUCACGGUGCUGGUCUUCCUCCUCUGUGGCCUGCCCUUCCGAUAG